UGAUUCGUUUGAAAGUCGCAAAGUCACCGACGAGACAAUUUAAAAUUCUGCCUUUGCAAGGGAAUCCUACGAUAUUUUCGCGCGACGUUAAGCACGUUAUCGCUCAUUUUUCAAGAUCAUCCCUCGAUUCUCGGAAUUGGACGAUUAAAGUUCGAAUUAUCACGAUUAUUUCGCGAUAAACGGGAUUUCCCAGUUGAAAAGUUCCGCGAAAAAAAGCGAGAUUAGAACAUCGAAGAAGAGGAAGAGAGAGAGAGAGACAGACGAAGAGAAUUAAGUUACCGGUCGCUUUCGGGAGAGAAAUAAAUAUCAACAGAUAUCUGAAAAAAGGAGGGAAAAAAGGUGUCCUUGUGAGCGCGAAUCCGGUGGCAGUUAUUGGCAGUUAACGAAAAUUCCCAGAGCUUCCUGGACCGAAAUCUCUUCCAGAAGAUCUUCCUCGAGGGCGCAGUUGCUGCCGACGUACCUCAUCAUCGGUCGGAUUAUUCGAGAGAGGAGAUUCUGAAAAGAGGAUCGGCGAAGGUGAAAAAGCAUCCAUAUAUAGGCGAAAAAAGUUGGCCAGAGAUCUACAUCGAGACCAAAAAAUGGCACCACGUAAGCAGGUGAAACAGGCCGCGGCAAAGAGCACCCUGGCCGCUGCGAAUGGCAACGUGACAUCGCCGAAGAAGAAAAAAACCACGGCGAAGUCGGCGGAGGAAGCCAACAUUAAGGCGGCGCCUGGGAAGACCAGGGUAAAGGCACUCCAGGAGACGGCCGUCUUCUCGCCGAAGAUGCUACGUAGCAAAGUUAAAAACGUCGCGGAACCGACGAAAACUGCUGUUCCGAAGACUGAUGCGGCAGGCAUAUCCAAGGGUAAAGCCGUUGCCAACAAACGACAGAGAGUGAACAAUAAUAUUGCAGAAGAGGAGGAGGAGGAGGAGGUUGUCGAAAAAAAGAAACGUGGCAAGACUGCGAUUAAGGAUACGAAAUCAAAGACCACCGCCAAGGCGCCGGUCGCUAGGAAGCGGAAAAGCGAAACCGAGGACCAGGUCAAGGAUCCCGCCCAGAACGGAGAGGUCAUCCACGAGGAGAAUCCACCUGUCGCGAAACGUGCAACUCGUGCUAAAACGGGAGAGGAAAAGAACGUAACACCUGCGACGACAAAACGUGCCAAAGUUGUUCAGAAACCACCAGCGAAGAAAAGUAGAAAUGUCGAAACGAAGGUGCCUGCGGAGACUGAUGAUGUGGCCAGCAAGAAACCUCGCAAAGGGAUGAAGAAAACAGCUAAGGUAACAGCCAAGGAAAGAUCACCAAAGAAUCUGCAAAAGCAGAGCUUGCAUUAUCAGAAGAGGAAGAAACAAAUAACCAAAGAACAAAAUGAGGAGGAUGCAAUAGAGGGGGAUAAAUUGAAAACAAAUAUGAAAAAUUCAAAGAAAGCUAUUUUCAAAGGAAAACGUAAUGUUGAAACAAAAGAGAAUAGUGAUGUUCAAGAGAAGGAGGCAGUAAUUCCUGAAGUUGAAGAAAAUGGAGGAGGAGAAAUUCCACAAAUAGUGGAAUCUAAACAAAAGAAAAAAAAUACAGGAAAAGCAUCUGCAGCGAUGAAUGAAAAAAUUGAAGUAAAGAAAAGGGAGAAGAAAAGACAAACAGUUGUUACAUCUAUAAAUGAGAAACAAGAAACAAAGGAUAUAGUUGAAAAAGAUGAAACUACCAGAACCAUGAAUUUAACAUUUGAUUCACUAGAUGAGAUUAAUAUUUCUCCAAAGGAUAUUUCCUUGAAUAAUGAUAACAAUUCUCAGGAAGAAAAUAAUGAGGUCGAAAGUACAGAAACAGUAAAAGAUACUCAAAAGAUUAAAAUAGAAUUUCCAAACAACGAGCUACAAAGGUCAUCAUCUUUUCUGCGUUUUGAUUAGUAAGAACUAUUAAAGGAAAAAGUAAAAUAGAUGACAGAUAAA